AUGCAACAUCUUUUUGGUUGUUUUCUUUUAGAAAAGCACUUUGCAAAGGGAAGUUGUGCCACACACAAGGGGGGGGUACGCAUAAAGGAAGGAAAUGUCAGCGGGACGGAGCUGCAGCAGAGGUUAAUUUGUGACAUGUGUGGUGAAAUCAUGGACGAAGAAGACGUGUCCCGGGAAGCAGAAUACGUGCCGGCGACGUAUAUGCAUGGAAAAUACGUGCUGUUGUACCUCACCGAUCCCACAGGCAACAAUAUUGCUGCUUAUAAGCCUGCAAUGGAGCCUGCAGCGACCCCAUUUUCAGUGGGUUACGGACACAAUGCUCUUUCCACCCCAUCCCCCUCUUCAAGUAUACAUGUGACAGACUCUACCGUGAGAUUGCCGCUCACGACUGGAGUGCCCGCUUUGGCUUACAACACGCAGUUUAUCAGUAGCGCAACCACGGUUACAAGCAAAUCAUCCCGACGCGUCAAAUCACUUAUAUCGGCUUUUUAUGACCUUCUGAUCCGUCAGUUAACGGUGUCUUCAUCUCAAGAUGGGAAACCCGUCUUUCCCGUUGUUGUUUUGGAGGUGCGUCAGCCCAUUGGUUUGGAUGACGCCCCGCCGUCAAAUACUGUUCUAGGAGAGCAACGGGCCGUCUCAGCCAUCGCGACGACUGCGGAUGCCGCAAGAGAUGUUCCUUCUUCUUCUUCACCUCAAAAGACCGAGGGAAUACGUUCAGUCUUGGAUUUUUCGCCAACAGAACCCCGACCAUCACUCAAUAUUGCAAUUACUAGCAGCCCCUUCUUUGGCGGGUGGUUCUCUUUGGAAGCACCAAAUGCAUACAGGCAAGUCAUUGAGACGUUUGGUGUUAGUACUUGGCCAUCCGUGCUGCUCUUUGACCCCAACGGGCAGCUUUUGACCAUCCAUGCACUUAACUACAUUGAGCGGGAGGUGAGCUAUGGGACGAUGGACAGCUCGCAGCCAUUCUCGCCAGCGGGCCAUGAGGCGGAGCAUCAAGAUCGCUACGCCGGUUUCCACUCGGAUUUUCCGUGGCUCAUGGAAGAGACUCCGGAAGUCACGGAUAAAGAAUCAGAGUCUUCCAUAGAUGUAUUUCCAUUUUCGUCUCUCUUGAGACGUCUUAUCCCGCACACACGUCGCGUUGGGAGAGCUCUUGAUUGUGAUUUCCCUGCUGAACCAGAAUGUAUGGCGGAAAGAGAUGAAUAUGUAAAGCCUGAUGAAUGCUUAGACGGGGCGACGCAUUUGGCUUUAUAUUUUUCUGGGGGCUGGCACCCCUCAUCGAAUAAAAUUUUGCCUCGACUGCGGAGUUUAUGGUCUGCUCUCAAUGGUGGCGUUGAGGAUGUUGAUAGCGGCCGUGAUCAUCAUAAAGAAGAACGUUUUUGGAAUAUGGAACGCGAGGCGCUCAACGUGUCUCUUUCUGGUGCGGGCUUAACAUCUGUGCCACAGUGUAUCCUUUCCUAUCGGACGGGAGCAUACGGUGGCCGCCACUACAGCAAUAGUCAGAUGGACAGUGAUACACGAGGGUUCUCCUCGAACAACUCUCCGCUAGAGACACCAGUGCGCAUGUCAAAGGAAAAAGUAUUUCGAGAUGCCAGCCCGCAUGUGAAUCUGGGAACGGAACCAAAACCAGAAGGAACAUCAGCCAAGCAGCUGAGUGGAGUACCAUCGCGUUCAUUAUCGCCAGCGCAUUCGUCAUCUCAACGCCAGCCGUCAUCACCAUCACCACAGGAGCGGCUAGAAGAAAAAGUAGAAUUAGACAGGGGUGAAGAAGAGGAAGAAGAAGAAAAACAACAACAACAACAACAACAACAAAGACGGGCUGUUCAUCUUCAGGUUGUUUACUUGAGCUGUGACACCGACAAAAGUCAACUCUAUUCGGUUCUUGGUGAUAUGCCGUCCUCUUGGCUUUGCGUCUCGUCUCUUUUUGGACCUAAUCAUCGCAAGAUGCUUGAGGAGUGUUUGGAUAUUUUUGAUGUUCGUGUUUUUCCUCGUCUAGUUUUCAUGGAGGUGAGGUCUGGGAGCGAAAUGCCAGGACCUGCCAGUGGUUCUUCCUUGGUAACGUUGCUGCCGAACCUCAACUUCCAUGUUUUACAGUCUCAUGGAGAAGGGUUGAUUUUUUGCGAUAAUGGGGUAAAAGAGUUUCCAUGGAGGGAAGAGAAGCGUGGGGGUUUGCCACAACUUCCGUUUCGGCUUCCUGUUGCUCACGAGUUCUCCUUGCUGAGUGGUUCCCGUGGUGCAAUAAAGUCAUUUCUUGCAGAGGGUGGGUGCUUAUUCUUGCUUUGUGGUACGGGAAAGGUUUCAGCAGAACUUCACAAGAUGUGUGCUGCUGCCGUAAAUGAGGCUAGUCUCUGGUGGUCGCAAGAAAUAGGACUUUUUUUGGAGCGACUAAAGAGCCGUUUGACGUCAUCUUCACGGGGAACUUUGGCCCCUACCGACUGUUGUGCUUCUGAACAGGUGCCCGGAAAUCCUCAUUGGUCUACUACAUCGGACGUUUGGGCUUCCGUGACGUCUGCAGCAACUUUGUUGGAGUCGUCUGCGGCGGCAACGAAUGAGCAGAUGCCUUAUUUACCUGUUUAUUUUUUUGACGCCGUUGUAGAGGAGACCGCGAUGGGCAAUGAUCUUGAAGCAGAGUCUCAGAAUGGGAGUGAUGGUGGUGAAGGCCACAUUAGCAGCGCAUGUAAAGAGGAAAAAGCUUUGCUGCAGGAAUACAUUUUUUCUGAGGUGCUUGAGGAUGCGCAUCUCCUGCCACCGGUUGAAGGAGAACCGUUCCUUCUUUGCGUUCAAUGGCCUGGACGACGCGCUGCCGUGCUUCGACAAAAAUUUGAAUAUGAAAAUGGUUCAGGACCGGCAUCUGCAAUAUCCCUGCGUUCAUCCUGCAGCACCGGUACUAAUGCACCACAUCCUAACAGUUAUGUGACAUCAGGGAACGCAAUGUUAUUGGAUGCACGGCAGGUGGGCAUGGCUGCGUCUCCAGGAGCCUCUACGGUGCCAUGCCAUUGUCCUUGCUCUCUUUCCGCCGCAAUGCGGUUGGAACCUUCAUCAGGGCUGUAUUCGCCGAAUCCACUGUGCUCAGUGCCACAUGUGAAGGCAUUUAUAGCUCAGCAUGCUGUGUGGCGACGUCGUUAA